CAUUUCUCCUCAUUUCCCUUUAAUUAGUAAUUACCUUCUUCCCUAAACGAACAAAGAGUAAUUAACAAUAUAAUAUGCCUCUUAGAAUCAAACCCGUACCUAUCCUCUUUCUCAUACUCAUUGUUUGCUCUUCAUCAUUAGUGAAAGGCUCUAUCCAGCUCGAAGGCGCAAAGAUGCAUGAAAAUUUCAAGCUUUACAAGAGUGAGGAGAUGGAAGUGAAGAAGAUCUCGAGCCACAGGAAGUUGAUGUUCCACUCGACCUCGGACUAUGACGACGCAGGCGCCAACCCCAAGCAUGACCCAAGAAGAAGGCCCGGAGGGAAACCUUGAAUCAACACACGAUUAUCUCUCUCUCUCUC